AUGGAUUGGCAGCCAAACUCUACAGCAUCUUGGCUACUUAGAUCUAUUGUGAAUACUAGAGAUGAUGUGAGCCACUUGAGCUAUUGGCAAGAGGUGAUACAUACUGGAAAAUACAAAACAACAAAAAUGUAUGAAUGUUUGAGAGGCUUUAAGGAUACCAAGAUUUGGAGGCAUAUACUCACGCGGAAUCUGGCACGACCUCGGGCUACCUUCAUAAUUUGGCUGGUGUUCUCAGGCAGGUUGAAUACCAAAGAUAGGUUGCUAAAACUUGGAACUGAAACUGACCGAAGAUGUGUUUUUUGUGGUGAUUAUGAAAGCUUGGAGCACCUCUUCUUCAGCUGCCAAAGUACAGGCCCAAUAUGGAAGAAUAUUCUUGACUGGAUUGGUUAUGAUAGGCAACCGGGAACCUGGUCGGAGGAAAGCAAAUGGCUUCUGCAGGAACUAAGGAAGAAGGGAUGGCGCAGGCACCUCUUAAAAUUGGUCGUGACUGAAACCGUCUACACUACUUGGAUCACAAGGAAUGCAGUGUGUUUUGGUAAUGAGACACGAAUGGAUAUGGAGCAGGAUAUUAAACAUAUGAUAGUUCAUAGAGGAAGCUUACAUAGAAUAGUUAACACCCAUAUUGACAAAGAGAAUAUGCUUAUAGGGUAG